AUGUACCAGGUGCUAAAGAAGAAAAAACCAGAAGUAUACGCUUUAGGUCAACAUAUAUCUAUGUCGGCUGACAAAGCACGAAGAGUCAUUGACCAAAUUCGUGGGCGUUCCUAUGAGGAAACACUUAUGAUAUUAGAACUAAUGCCCUAUCGAGCAGGUUAUCCCAUUUUUAAAUUGGUUUAUUCUGCAGCAGCAAACGCUAGUUACACUAUGGCUUCCAAUGAAGCCAAUUUAGUUAUUAGUAAAGCUGAAGUGAAUGAGGGGACUACCGUAAAGAAAUUCAAACCUCGAGCUCGCGGACGUAGUUAUCCGAUAAAAAGGACCACCUGCCAUAUAACUAUUGUACUGAAAGAUAUAUCUUUAGACGAUUCUGAAUCGAUAGAGCUCAAUUUGUUAAAAAAACCGAGAUGGAAAAAAAAUUCUACAGCUAUGGCAUAUUAUGAUCUCCAUAAUAGAGGGGGUUUAUGGGACAAAAAAUAA